AUGAACCGCACCUGUCUGCGUCUGGCCAAAACAACGACCAAAACAACGACAACAACUACCAGAACAGCAGCUGCCCCUGUCCGCUCAAUCACAUCUGCAUCCCACUCACCUCGCCCGUGCUCCACCGUCCACUCACAACUGCGUACGUCUCGGCCUUUUGUGCCCACAUCGUCGUUGCUGGUCACAGCCUUGCGCACUUCCGCCCGCACUUCCGUCCGCAUCUCCGACCGCACCAUGUCGGCCUCAGCAGCACCGUCCGAGACGAUCCUCUUCGGGCCGUUUGACGUCUCCACCCAGGUCUUUUACUCGACCGAGUACUCGUUUGCCAUUGUCAACAUCAAGCCCCUCAUGCCGGGGCAUGUCCUCGUCUGCCCCAAGAAGCCGCACCGCCGCCUGACCGACCUGGACGCCGCCGAGGCCCUCGACCUGCUUGCCUCGGUGCAGGUCGUCCAGCGCAUGCUGGCCGCCUACUACUUCGACGAGACGCCAUCACGCGCCCACGACACGGAGGCGGUCCACAAGGGCAGCUUCAACAUUGCCAUCCAGGACGGGCCCGAGGCUGGGCAGACGGUGCCGCAUGUGCACGUGCACGUGCUGCCGCGCAUCCGGGGCGCCACGGCCAAGAUCGCCUUGACAGAGGCGGACGAGCUCUACGAGAAGAUGGCCGACGAGCCGGGCAACGUGGGCGGGCAGCAAUGGGACGCUGCGCUGGCGGCGGCGCAUGCAUCGCACUUUGGUGACCGGCCACAACCCGGCGGCAAGUUCCCCAAGAUUGAGGACAGCAACCGCCAGGCGCGCACCAUGGCAGAGAUGGAGGCGGAAGCGGCUGAGUUCCGCAAGGCACUGACCAACGUGCUGGGCCGGUGA